GUUGGGGGGCAGUGAGAGCCUCCCCUCUCCAUGCCGCCCUCGGGGCUCCUGCCGCUCUCUGAGGGGCCGGGGAUCAGUGAGAGCCUCCCCUAUCCAUGCCGCCCUCAAGCUUCCCGCCGCUCCCUGAGGGACCCGUGAGGGGCCGGGCAGUGAGACCCUGCCCUCUCAAUUCCCCUCUGAGGGCUCUCGCCGCUCCCUCAGGGGCCGGGAGGCAGUGCGAGCCUCCCCUCUCCAUUCGCCCCUCAGGGCUCCCGCCCGGUGCCGCUCCCUGAGGGCCCGUGAGGGGCCGGGAGGCAGUGCGAGCCUCCCCUCUCCAUUCGCCCCUCAGGGCUCCCGCCCGGUGCCGCUCCCUGAGGGCCCGUGAGGGGCCGGGGGGCAGUGCGAGUCUCCCCUCUCCAUGCACCCCUCAGGGCUCCCACCGCUCCUUGCGGUGUCCAUGAGGCAGUAGGAGCCUCCCCUCUCCACGCCAUCCUCGGGGCUCCCGCCCGGUGCCGCUCCCUGUGAGGCUCGUGAGGGGCCGGGGCGGCGGUGUGAGCCUCCCCUCUCCAUUCGCCCCUCAGGGCUCCCGCCCGGUGCCGCUCCCUGAGGGCCCGUGAGGGGUCGGGGGGCCGGGCAGUGAGAAUCCCCCCUCUCCAUUCCACUCUCGGGGCUCCCGCCCGGCGCCGCCGCUCCCUGAUGGGUCCGUGAGGGGCCGGGCGGGACCGCGGCGCCUGCGCGGGGCCCCGGAAGAGGCGGGAGCGACCCGGGGCUGGAGCCGCGAUUGGAGCCGGGGCUGGAGCCGGGAUUGGAGCCGGGAGCGGGGCCGCAGCCGGGGCCAUGCUCAGGGUGUUACGGGCCGGGCUGGCCCCCGGCCGCCCGCGGCACAUCCAGCUCCUGCUGACCUCCUGCAGGCACUGCUCCUCGGGGGUCCUUCCCAACGAGAGGAUCAGGAACAUCGGGAUCUCGGCUCACAUCGACUCCGGCAAGACGACGCUGACGGAGCGGAUCCUGUUCUACACGGGCAGGAUCGCGCAGAUGCACGAGGUGAAAGGUAAGGAUGGAGUUGGAGCUGUCAUGGACUCCAUGGAGCUGGAGCGACAGCGGGGCAUCACCAUCCAGUCUGCAGCCACUUACACCAUGUGGAAGGACACCAACAUCAACAUCAUCGACACGCCAGGCCAUGUGGACUUCACCAUCGAAGUGGAGAGGUCUCUGAGGGUGCUGGAUGGAGCCAUCCUGGUUCUCUGUGCUGUGGGGGGUGUCCAGUGCCAGACCAUCACUGUCAACAGGCAGAUGAAGCGUUACAACGUCCCCUUCCUCACCUUCAUCAACAAACUGGACAGGAUGGGCUCCAACCCGGCCAGAGCAGUGCAGCAGCUCAGAUCCAAGUUGAAACACAAUGCAGCUUUUGUUCAGAUUCCAAUUGGGCUGGAAGGAAACUUUAAAGGAAUUAUAGAUCUCAUUGAAGAAAAAGCAAUCUAUUUUGAUGGGGCACUUGGGCAGACCCUGAGGGUGGAGGAGAUCCCGGCUGAGCUGCGGGCGGAGGCUGCGGAGCGGCGCCGGGAGCUCAUCGAGUGCGUGGCCAACGCCGACGAGCUCCUGGGGGAGCUGUUCCUGGAGGAGAAGAUUCCCACAGCUGCACAGUUAAAGCUGGCAAUCCGAAGGGCAACGCUGCAGAAAUCCUUCACCCCUGUCCUCGUGGGAAGUGCUCUGAAGAACAAAGGGGUGCAGCCACUGCUGGAUGCUGUCCUGGAAUACCUUCCCAAUCCUUCUGAGGUGGAGAACUACGCUCUCCUCAACCAGGGGGAUUCUCAGGACCAAACCAAGUUCCUGUUGAACUCCGCUCGUGACAAUUCCCAGCCUUUUAUCGGCCUGGCCUUCAAACUGGAGGCUGGCAGGUUUGGGCAGUUAACCUACGUCAGGGUGUACCAGGGGAUGCUGCAGAAGUCAGAUUACAUCUACAACACCCGCACGGGGAAGAGGGUCAGGGUGCAGAGACUGGUCCGGAUGCACUCGGACAACAUGGAGGAUGUAAAUGAAGUUUAUGCUGGGGACAUCUGUGCCCUGUUUGGGAUCGACUGUGCCAGCGGCGACACGUUCACGGAUAAAACCAGCACUGACAUCUCCAUGGAAUCCAUCCAUGUCCCUGAUCCUGUCAUUUCUGUGGCUAUGAAGCCUUCCAACAAGAACGACCUGGAUAAAUUUUCCAAAGGCCUGGGCCGCUUCACCAGGGAAGAUCCCACCUUCAGGAUCCACUUUGAUCAGGAGAGCAAGGAGACCAUUGUCUCAGGGAUGGGGGAGCUGCACCUGGAAAUCUAUGCCCAGAGAAUGGAGAGGGAAUAUGGUUGUCCUUGCACCAUGGGGAAGCCCAAAGUUGCCUUCAGGGAGAACAUCUCUGCCCCUGUGCCGUUUGAGUUCACCCACAAGAAGCAGUCGGGAGGAGCAGGCCAGUACGGCAAAGUGAUCGGAGUGCUGGAGCCCCUGGAGCCAGAGGACUUCACCAAACUGGAAUUCGAGGACAGAACCAUUGGCACAAAUAUUCCCAAGCAGUUUGUGCCCGCUGUGGAAAAGGGCUUCCGGGACGCCUGUGAGAAGGGUCUGCUGUCGGGGCACCGCAUCUCGGGCGUGCGCUUCGUGCUGGAGGACGGGGCCCACCACAUGGUGGACUCCAACGAGAUCUCCUUCAUCAGGGCAGGAGAGGGAGCCCUGAAACAAGCCAUGGAGAACGCUGCCGUGCGCAUCCUGGAGCCCAUCAUGGCCGUGGAGGUGAUGGCUCCCGUGGAAUUCCAGGGAGCAGUCAUAGCUGGGAUCAACCGGCGCCACGGCAUCAUCACGGGCCAGGACGGCUCCGAGGGCUACUUCACUCUCUACGCUGAGGUGCCACUGAACGAUAUGUUCGGAUAUGCCACGGAGCUGAGGUCUUGCACAGAGGGAAAGGGGGAAUACACCAUGGAAUACUCCAAAUACCACCCCUGUUCAGCCAGCACUCAGGAGGAAAUCAUCAACAAAUACCUGGAAGCAACGGGGAGACUUCCUGCCAAAAAGGGCAAAGCCAAGAGCUGAUGGGAUUCCUCUGGAGUCCACUGAACAGUUUGUCCCAGUCUUCUCCAACUUUUCCAAGCCAUGGAAGCAGCCCAGGCUGGCUGGGUAAGGUGGGCUCCAGUGGGAUUUGGACUUGGAAUUUUAAGGUAGAACCUUUCCUCUGGGGUGGUGUCAGCAGCACCAGGGGAGCGCCACGGGAUUGCUCUGUGUAAAUGCUCUUGUAACAAAUAGAUGUUAAAACACGGCUGAUGAUUUGUCUUAAUCAAGAUCUAUUAAAAUAAUUUUAUUUUUUA